ACCUUUCUCAUCUAAGUCUCAUCAGUCGGCGUAGUUGAGUACGGGUACUCUACUAUUCGUCUGCUCUGGACCUCUGGUGUGGCUAUGCCAGCUACCGGCGAGGGUCCUCGCGCCGCGCAGCCGGCGGCGGCGAGGAGGCCGAGCAGGUACGAAUCGCAGAAACGGCGUGACUGGCAGACGUUCGUGCGGUACCUGGCGGCGCACCGCCCACCGCUCGUGCUGCGCCGGUGCAGCGGCGCCCACGUACUCGAGUUCCUCCGCUAUCUCGACCGCUUCGGGAAGACCCGCGUCCACGCGCCGCCCUGCCCGGCCUACGGCGUACACGCGAUAACGGCGACGGCGCCGUGCCAGUGCCCGAUCGGCCAGGCGUGGGGCAGCCUCGACGCGCUCGUCGGCCGCCUACGCGCCGCCUUUGACGAGCGCUACAGCCGCAGCGGCGGCGCGCCGCCGCAGCAGCAGCAAGACGCCAGUUGCAACCCCUUCGCCGCACGCGCCGUCAGGCUAUACCUGCGUGACGUCCGCGAUGAGCAGUCUAGGGCGCGCGGCAUCUCCUACCACAAGAAGAAGAAGAAGCGCAAGCUUGCCACUGGAAGCUGCAUCGCGGAGGCCUCGUCCUCCAAGAACGGCGGCUGCGCGGACGCCAACUCGGACGGCGAACGCGGGCACAAGACUACGAUGACGACGAAGGCUAACGUGGCGCCGGUGCCUCAAGCACCGCCACCGCUGCCGCCUCUGCCGCCAUGCCUGGCCGGGGUACCGUUCGAGUGCGGCUCCGACACGGGAAGCAUCGUUGGAGGAGGGGUGUCUACUGGCGCCGGCUGCUACGGCGGCAUAUACUUGCCGUUGUUCUUCAACGCAUUUAAUUAGCUUGUUGAUAGCUUAGCCUCAAAAUGCCUCGUAGUGCCCAAUUAAUGUUCGAGUAUAAUCGACGUACGGCCAGUGCGUCGUAAUAACGUACCCUAUGUUACUUUGCUUAUUAUUUUGCAGUUGUUCCGUUGGUCUACGUAGGCAUUUCGUGUAUCAUUCAGAGUACUCAUGACUCGUGAGAAUGAGAUCUAGCUUCCAACAACGAUUUGUGCAUGCACCCCAACAAACUAGUUUCCCAACAUAUUU